AUGGACCGCGCCUCGCCAGACACAGGCGUGGAUGACCAGGACGUAUCCUCGGCCACCCCGUUCAUCAGCCCGGCUGCCCCCAACCCGUCCAAGUCCUCGGCAUGGGGCCGUAGACGGCCGCUGAUACUCCCCCUCAUCGCCUUGUCGUUCCUUUCCCUGUCUGCUUUGGCAUUAUACGCCCAAUCGGGCCUGCGCAUUUCUUCGCCCCUCCAGGAGGACGCUGCCGUCGCAGAAGAUUACGAAGUGGGACCCAGCCGUCUGAGCGCACUGCGCGGGCCACCUGCGUCCAGGUUCAGAGAUAACCUGAGGAACGAUACGCUAUAUAUACACUCUUUUAUCUCGGCCGGAUGGACCAACGAUGUCAUGACCUAUGCAAAUUUGAUAUACUUGGGCACUUUGACGGGCAGAGUCCCCAUAGUCAACGUCUUCAACCCCUCGCAUGUUGGUCCUGCUGCCGGGUCUAUCCCAUUCGACAAAGUCUUCGAUAUCGACACCUUGAGCGAGAAUAUUGGUCUGCCUGUGCUUCAAUGGCACGAAGUCAAAGAUCCAGAGAGCGAAGAGGUUGAGGAAAUCGGAUGUUGGGAUAUUUGGGAGGCUGUACAAAACGAAGAACAUUAUCCUCGCGUCAUCUAUACUCUGGGAGACCAAGGGUUGGAUAUAUCGUGGACACGGGCGCCUCCAUCAGUCAAGCUUUAUCCAGAUAACCCGUUGGACAGGACAGCACGCUUUUGGGACAUGGCCAGCCUUACGUUCAAGUACGGGCGGGAGCGAAGCUUAGUGCCCGCGACUCCAUCCAAAGAACACGGCGUCGUUUUGUCACCUGACGAACACCUGGCUUGCUUCGACUACCUCUACUACAGCGCGGCUACUACGUCUGAUGAGUUUUACGCGGAAAUCAGUCCCGCGUGGCGGUUUGUGGCCACCCAUAUGCAUUUCACUCCCGAAAUGCAAAACCUUGCGGACGGUUAUCUCAGACGCAUGUUCGGUGUCGCGGAACACGACGAUAUCCCGCCUUACAUAACUAUUCAUGCGCGCCGUGGAGACUUCGGCGUGUACUGCACGGGCCAGGGGCUGAGCGAGGAAGAAUGCUUCCCUACGAUUGAAGACUACGUGGAUGGGAUUGCUGGUAUUCAGGAAGCUCUUGAAACGCGCCUCGGGAUACGACCCCAACACGUCGUAAUGGUAUCUGAUGAAAGGAACGAAGGAUGGUGGGCUUCCGUCCGUCUGAUGGGCUGGUACACCCCAAACCACGUCGAAGAGCGUACCGAGGAAAGAUAUGGUACAUGGUACCCUGUGCUGAUUGACGCGGUCAUACAAUCAUCCGGAGUAGGCCUUCUCGGGACUCCCGGGUCGACAAUGUCGUUAAUGGCCGGUCGCCGUGUCAUGGACUGGUAUCAUGGAGAGUAUCAUGAUGUGAGAUGGGGAGUGCGGAACUCACAAGGAGGCCCGGCAUUGAUGUAA